AUGUCUCAACAUCGUUGUCAUUAUUGCCAGUUAUUGCAUAAUAGUACUCUGUGUGAAAAUCAGUUAAAAAGUUAUUCCACAUCUGUGUCUCUUUCUGAGACCAGUUUUCAGUCAGAACAGCAAAGAAAGAAUCCAGCCGCGAAUGAAAUACCAAACAUUGCGUCUACGAAUGAAAACAAAAACGGAACUGUAAUUCAAAAUAAUAGCGUUCAAACAACUUUUGGCUUAUUGCCAACUGCAUAUGUAAAUGUAAUUGAUUCGAUGGGUCAAAAACGUAAUAUUAGAAUGCUUUGUGAUAGUGGUUCCGAAUCAACAUUAUUAUCUGAAUCUUGUAUUAAUUUAUUGGGAUUUAAAAGAAAAAAUGCGCGUUUUCCUGUCAAGGGUUUAGCUGAGUCAGAAGUCGCAGUUACAAAAGGUUGCGUUGAAAUCGAGUUGAUGUCAAUCCAUGAUGCAUCAGUGAGAAUGCCAAUUAAGGCAUUUGUAUUAGAUAAACUAACUGCUGCGCUUCCAAGCCAAAAAAUAAAUGAGAAAGACUUUUCGCAUUUGAAAAAUGUAAAGUUAGCUGAUCCAUAUUUUCACAUUCCGGAUAAGAUAGAUAUUAUUCUAGGAUCUGACUACUUGUUUUCUAUUUUACUUCCUGGACAAAUAACUUGUUCUCAAAGUGAUUUAAUUGCUCAAAACUCAAUUUUUGGUUUCCUCAUAUCCGGAAAACUACCAGAAUCUCAAACGAAAUCAAAUUCACUUUCAAACAUGCAUAUUUAUGAAAUAAAUAUUGACAGCGAAUUGAAAAGGUUUUGGGAGUUAGAAGAAGUACCAAAUUCAACUGACACUGUAUUAUCACCUGAAGAACAAUUUGUUGAAACACAUUUUCGGGAAAAUUACUCAAUUAAUUCAGAUGGUCGUUUUGUGGUGAAGUUGCCAUUUUUAAAAUCUAAAUCUGAAUUAGGUAAUUCAAAACCAGCUGCACUUUCUCGAUUAUAUGCUAUGGAACGUAAAUUUAAGGAAAACUCGGAAUUUGAAAACCAAUACAAGGAUUUUAUGCAUGAAUAUGAAAAUUUAGGUCAUAUGGAAUUGGUCACACAAAACUGUUUAAAUAGAUUUCAGAAUGAGCAAUAUUUCCUUCCCCAUCAUGCAGUGAUCAAGCCGUCUAGUACAACUACUAAAUUAAGAGUCGUUUUCGACGCUUCAUGUAAAACUUCCAACGGUAAAUCAUUGAAUUCAAUCUUGGGUGUUGGUCCUAAAUUGCAACGAGACAUUUUCGAAAUUUUACUUAAUUUUCGAUUUCCGGAAAUAGUCUUUUCAGCAGACAUAGAGAAAAUGUACCGUCAAGUUUUAGUGUCCGAUGAGGAUCGGAACUACCAACAAAUUCUUUGGAGGUUUAAUCCUAACGAAGAAAUACGCACAUACAAGUUAAACACCGUAACAUAUGGUUUAGCUCCAGCUUCUUUCCUAGCCACUAGGUGCAUUAAGCAAAUUGCACUAGAUUAUUCACAAAAUAGUGCUGUUUCUCAUACUUUACUACACGAUGUAUACAUGGAUGAUUUGCUAUCGGGUUCAAGUACCGAUAGUGAUGCAAUAUCACUUUGUAAGGAAAUUACCAAUAUUUUACAAACACACGGUUUCCACCUACGAAAGUGGAAUUCUAAUUCAAAUGCAUUUCUUGCAGAAUUUCAAGAACAUUGUUCAACGGACACUAAUUUAGAAAUAAUUCCUAAUGAUAAGGAAAGCACGAAAGUCUUAGGAUUAUUUUGGAACUCUUCAACAGACACAUUCAUUUUCAAACCCGCACUUGCACUCACCUCACCGCUGACAAAAAGACACAUUUUGUCCCAAUCGGCACGCAUUUUCGAUCCAUUAGGAUUAAUUUCACCAUGUACUGUUGUAAUGAAAAUUUUUUAUCAGAAGCUCUGGCUUACAAAAGGGGACUGGGAUUCUCCUAUUCCACAAAGUCUUGCUGAAGAUUUGUUUAAAUUUCAGAAAUCUUUCAAUGCAGUUGAACAUUUUACCGUUCCUAGAGGUGUCACGCUUAUUUCCUCUGACACAUUUGAAUUGCACGGCUUUUGCGACGCGUCAACACUUGCUUACGCUGCUGCAAUAUAUUGCAAACAAAUACACGGAAAUGAAAUAAAGGUUUUCUCUCUUAGUUUCUAA